UCUUGGAUUGUGCCAGCCAUGCAGAGCUUAGACUGCUGGAUAGGCUGCCUGAUUGGAGCCCUGUAUUUGGUCCAUGCCAGUUCCCAGGCAGAUACUUGGCUGACAGAGAUGCAUAGGAAGAAGGAAAAUGGGUUCCUGGGCAGGGAAGACACUGUUCCUUUGCGGCUGAUCUUCAGUAGUGAACAGGACAACCAGACCGCACGUGGAUUGCUCAACACUCGGGUCAGGAUGGACAACAGACAGGACCAGUCCACCCACAUUGCACAAGUCAGCUUCCAAAUAGAUGCGUUUGGGUCGUCGUUCAUCUUGGAUGUUGAGCUGAACCAUGACCUGCUGUCUUCAGACUACGUGGAAAGACAUAUUACAAAAGACGGGAGCACAGUAGAAAUGAAAGGUGGAGAACAUUGUUACUACCAGGGCCAAAUCCGAGGAAACCCUACGUCUUUCGUGGCGCUAUCAACUUGUCAUGGACUUCAUGGGAUGUUCUGUGAUGGGAAUCAGACGUAUCUCAUUGAACCAGGAGAGAAAUACAAACCAAACGAUGAUUAUCAAUUACAUUCUGUUUACAAAUCGAAAGUGCUUGAAUUUCCUCUCGACGAGUUGCCGUCUGAAUUCUGGUCGCUGAAUGAGACAUCUGUAAAGCUGAGUCAGACGUCAGGACCUCGGAGGAAAAAGAGAAAUGUUCAGUGGGUAUCAAAUAAUGUCAAGGAUGAGACGAAAUAUGUGGAACUAAUGAUUGUUAAUGAUCACCUAAUGUAUAAGAAGCAUCGUUUAUCUGUCGGACAGACAAACAGUUAUGCCAAAUCUGUAGUGAACAUGGCGGAUUUAAUCUAUAAGGAACAGCUGAACACAAGAAUAGUGCUAGUCGCUAUGGAAACGUGGGCGAACGACAAUAAAUUCAGCAUUUAUGAAAAUCCUCUAAAGACGCUGAAGGAGUUUAUGAAAUACAGGAAGGAUUUUAUCAAAGACAAAAGUGACGUUGUCCACCUCUUUUCGGGGAGCCAGUUUGAAAGCAGCAGAAGUGGUGCAGCCUACAUUGGUGGAGUCUGUUCUUUGCAAAAAGGAGGCGGGGUAAAUGAGUUUGGGAGGACGGAUGUCAUGGCUAUCACUUUGGCGCAGUCUCUGGCUCAUAAUUUAGGCAUUUUCUCAGAUAAAAAGAAGCUGCGUAGAGGGGAGUGUAUAUGUGAAGAUAAAUGGUUUGGAUGCAUCAUGGAAGAUAUCGGCUACUAUCUCCCCAACAAGUUCUCCUCCUGUGAUGUAGAGGAAUACCACGACUUUCUGAGCAGCGGCGGUGGAGCCUGUCUGUUCAAUAAACCAUUAAAGCUCUUGGAUCCCCCUGAGUGCGGCAAUGGCUUUGUGGAAGUCGGAGAAGAAUGUGACUGCGGCACUGCAGCGGAGUGUGCGGUGCAGGGAGGGGACUGCUGCAGGAAGUGCAUGUUAACCCAGGGAUCACAGUGCAGUGACGGGCUGUGCUGCUCCAAAUGUCAGUUUAUUCAAAAAGGAGUGUUUUGUCGGGACGCUGUGAACGACUGUGAUAUACCAGAAAUGUGUACAGGAAAUUCAAGCCAGUGUCCAUCAAAUAUACAUAAAUUAGAUGGAUAUCCCUGUAAAAACCGAGAGGGUCUUUGUUCUGGUGGAAUUUGUAAAACCAGAGACAGGCAGUGCAAAUACAUCUGGGGUGACAAAGCGGCAGUUGCGGACAGGUACUGCUAUGAUAAGCUGAAUAUAGAAGGCACCGAGAAAGGCAACUGCGGCCGCAACAAGGACACCUGGAUACAAUGCAGCAAACAGGAUGUCCUCUGCGGCUAUCUUUUGUGUACCAACAUUUCGGGGUUGCCAAGACUUGGGGAACUGGUUGACUCAAUUACAACAUCAUCUGUCCAAAAUCAAGGAAAAUUCUUAAACUGCAGCGGUGGACACAUUAAGCUGGACGAGGAAACUGAUCUUGGAUAUGUAGAAGAUGGCACACCAUGUGGAGAGCAGAUGAUGUGCCUGGACCAUAGAUGUCUUCCUGUAGAUCCCUUUAAUUUCAGUUCUUGUCUUGGCAGCUCCAAAAAGAUCUGUUCUGGACAUGGUAUCUGCAGCAAUGAAUUGAAAUGCGUCUGUGAUGAUGAAUACACGGGGGACGACUGCAGCACUUAUUUCCCUUACAAGGAAAAAAAAGAAAUAAAGGUUAACGAUGGAGUUGUGAGUACAAACAUUAUCAUAGGAGCUAUUGCUGGUACCAUGCUAGUGCUGGUCUUGGUGUUAGGAAUUACAGCUUGGGGCUACAAGAACUAUCGGAGAGAAAGACAAAUACCCCAGGGAGAUUAUGUAAAAAAGGCUGGAGAUGUCGACUCCUUUUAUAGCGACUUGCCUCCCGGAGUCAGCUCAAACUCAGGAUCUAGUUCUAAGAAGAGGUCUGCUAUUCUGUCGCAUUUUCAGAUUUCUGCCUGUUCCAUCCCACAUUAUUCCAUUAGUCAGAACAUUUCAUUAUUUUGCCGAAGAUCUAAUGGUCUGUCUCACUCAUGGAGCGAAAGAAUCCCGGACACUAAGCACGUCUCCGAAGUUUGUGAAAACGGAAGACCAAGGAGUAACUCCUGGCAAGGGCAGGGCUUCACCCCCAGCCAUGCAAUUCCAGCAGAAGGCAACAUAAGCAGCAGCAGAAAAAAGCUAAGAGGAAAGAGAUUCAGACCACGAUCAAAUUCCACUGAAACACUGUCACCUGCCAAGUCUCCAUCCUCAUCUACAGGAUCCAUUGCUUCUAGCCGAAAAUACCCGUACCCAUUGCCCCCGCUUCCCGAUGAGGAGAAGAAGCCAAGCAGACAGAGCGCACGGCUGUGGGAAACGUCCAUCUAGAUGAAGAAAGUUUCUUCGUAGUGGAUUGUAAAGGGUUAACACAGUACCUGCACUCAUUCAUCAACCAAUACUGAAGGACCAUUCUUGUUUACAGAGACCUUUGCCUUUAUGAAGAGGCUCUCGCUACCAAUUAUACUUUCCCAUUCCCGAGGAUCGAAGAAAGACUGAAUCUUAAUUACGUCAAUGGGGGUGGAGGUGGUUUAUGCAUGAUUGAUAUCAUUUUUUGAUGCCAGGUAUAAAUUCUCGUAUUUGCAGAACAGA